AUGGGUAGGUACUUGGAAACUGAUACCGAUGUUGCUUCUAUGAAACCUAUUAACUAUGAAGUUGAAAUAUACUUAGAACAGUUGGGAUUAGAAGAAACUGUGAAUGUGGUACCUACCUUGCAAAGUCAAGUUGCAUCAUCAGUCAUUACUGAUGAACAAACUGACAAUGUUUUACCUGAAUUACCCAAUGUUGAACCUGAGUUAAGCAAUGAGAGUGACAGUGAGGAAGAUGGUGAUGAGUUUUAUGAUAGUGAUUAUGACUUUGAAGAAGAUGACAAGUUGUUUGAAGCCUAUGUAGAUCCAGAUGCUGAGUUUGGUGGGGUUAAAUCAAAGGGUAAAGAUAAGGUCUCUGAAUUUGUCUCAGGUGAUAUGUAUACUAGGAUGCUUAAUGAAGAAGGUGAUGAUGACUGUGUUAAUAGUGACUCAAUGGGCAGUGACUGUGGCUCUGAUGAUGAACAUAGGGUUAUAUUCCCCAAGUUUAAUCCUAAAACUAACAAUAAAAACCCUAAGUUAAAGCUUGGGUUGGUUUUUUCUUCAAAAAAAGAAGCAAAAUUUGCUAUAGAGAGCCACUGCCUUAGGAGGGGGAUGAUGAUCAAGUUUUACAAGAAUGACAAUACAAGACUGAGGGCCUGUUGUAAGAAUGAUGGUUGUAAAUGGUCAAUACAUGUUUCUCCAAUGCAAAAUGACAAGACUUGGCAAAUCAAAACUUAUGUGUCUGACCAUAACAACUGUUAUUGGAACUACAACAACAACAACCUCAAGUCCAACUGGAUUGGUAAAACUUUCAUGAAAAAAUUCAAAGAAAAUCCUAAAUUAGGCACAACUGAGUUCAGAAAUGAAGUGUGCACAACUUUGAAAGUAAGUGUCUCCAAAUCUCAAGCCUAUCGGGCAAAGCAAAAGGCACUAAAGGCUAUUCAAGGUUCAGAAGAAGAACAAUUUCAAAAAAUAAGAUCUUACUGUGAAGAACUCAAAAGAACAGACACAAAUGCCACUGUUGUUUUAAAAUUGACAGAGGACACAGAAUGUUUGAGGGCAGAGGGUGGACAAUUAUUUGCUGCAGUUGGGUUGGAUCCAAACAAUAACAUAUACCCAAUUUGUUAUGCUAUUGUUGAGGGUGAAACUAAGGAAACCUGGAUGUGGUCCAUUCAGUUGUUAGAUGAAGACAUUGGCUUUGAGGAACAACACAAGUGGACAUUUAUGUCUGACAAACAAAAGGGACUUAUCCUUGCUUUUGAAACUCUAUUCCCAGGUGCAGAAAACAGAUUCUGUGUAAGGCACUUACACAGUAAUAUGAAGAAUGAUGGGUUUGGGGGUGUGGAAAUUAAGAGUGCACUGUGGGCAGCUGCAAAAGCCACUAGAAUUGAAGAGUUCAAGAUGAGAAUGGAAGAACUGAGGGUUAUAGAUGAAGCUGCAUACAAUUGGUUAGUGAAGAAGCCUCCUCAGAAUUGGACCAGGUCUGAUUUCAAUCCAUUUCCAAAAUGUGAUAUCUUGUUGAACAAUAUGUGUGAGUGCUUUAAUUCUUUCAUCCUUGAUGCAAGAGAGAAACCAAUAAUACCAAUGCUUGAGUGUAUAAGAAAUCUGUUGAUGGCUAGAAUGGUGUUGAAUAGGGAAAAAGCUCUAAAAUGGGAUACAAACAUUUAUCCCAAGAUUAGAACUGUCUUGAUAAAGAAUAUGAAAGAGGCUGGUGAGUGCAUCCCAAUGAAAUCAGAUGAGUGGAAUUUUCAAAUAAUGGGGAUGUAUGAUCAGCAUACUGUUGACAUAAGAGCAAAGAGUUGCAGCUGCAGAAGAUGGGAUUUGACAUGUAUCCCUUGCAAACAUGUCAUUUCUGCCAUUUGGUGUAGGCAUGAAGACCCUGAGCAAUAUGUUCAUCACUGUUACAGUGUUGACUCAUUUAAAAGAGCAUAUGAAAACUCCAUUUCACCAAUAAAUGGACCUGAAUUCUGGCCUCAAUGCCCUUUGCAGCCUCCAUUACCACCAAUGUAUACUUUGCAGCCUCCAUUACCACCAAUGUAUAAAGAAAAAGCUGGUAGACCACAAAAACUGAGAAGAAGAGAGCCAGACGAGCCACCUUCUGUUGGGGGAACAAAGUUAAAGGGGGUUCCAAGAAUUAAUAAGUGCAGAAAGUGUGGGUAA